GCUCAGCUGUCUGUGCUGUACUCGGGCGAGCAGCGAUGCUGUAGAUGCGGCAGACUGCACACUGUUUGACACUUCAUGCAGCAGCCGGGGAGGAUCGCAGCAUCCUGACAGACACCGCCGAGGACAACGAGACUUCAGCCCGCAGCAGUCAGUCCUUCCUCCCACAGACAGAAAGCUGGUAUGGACAAUAAGGCGUUGGAACCUGAGUCUGUGAGCAUCCCCAUGGAGGAGGCCAUCAUGUGUAAUGGAGGAGGCCAACCUCAGCAGCAGCAGGAAGCAUCCAUGUUAACCCACCUGAAGAAGAUUGAGAACCAGAUCACUGAAGCACAGCGUUUCUCCCACCUACCCAAACGCUCAGCUGUGGACCUGGAGUUCAUCAACCUUUCCUACACCAUCCAGGAGGGACCGUGCUGGAGGAGGAGAGGUUUCAAAGCCUUACUGAAGUGCCUGUCUGGGAGGUUCUGUAGUGGGGAGCUGAUAGGAAUCAUGGGGCCCUCAGGGGCUGGGAAAUCCACCUUAAUGAACAUUCUGGCUGGAUACAGGGAAACAGGGAUGAAGGGUCAGAUCCUGGUAAAUGGGAAACCCAGGGACCUGAAGAAAUUCAGGAAAAUGUCCUGCUACAUCAUGCAGGAAGACAUGCUGCUGCCACACCUCACUGCCCGGGAGGCCAUGAUGGUUUCAGCCAAUUUAAAGCUGGAUGAAACUAUGGAUGUGAAGAAAAAACUGGUGAAUGAGAUUCUGACUGCAUUAGGGCUCCUUGACUGUGCUCACACUCGUACCAGCUCGCUGUCAGGUGGCCAGUGUAAACGGCUGGCCAUCGCCCUCGAACUGGUCAACAAUCCUCCAGUCAUGUUCUUUGAUGAGCCCACCAGUGGCUUAGACAGUGCGUCAUGCUACCAGGUGGUCUCACUAAUGCACUCUCUGGCACUGGGAGGACGGACCAUCAUCUGCACCAUCCACCAACCCAGUGCCAAACUGUUUGAGAUGUUUGACAAGCUUUACAUUCUUAGUCAGGGACAGUGCAUCUACAAAGGCACAGUCCCUUACCUCAUCGGCUAUCUGAAGACUCUGGGCCUUUAUUGUCCUACCUACCACAAUCCUGCAGACUUUAUCAUUGAAGUGGCAUCAGGAGAGUAUGGAGACUUAAACCCUGUGCUGUUUGAGGCAGUCCAAGGUGGAAUGUGUGCAUUAGAGGAGAAGAAGAACCAAUGUGAUAACAAUGGCCCAUCAGUCUGUGCAACAAAGUGCUCGAUGGAUGCCGGACACAUAGAGAGCCAUACUUUUGCCACAAGCACACUAACACAGUUCUGUAUCCUCUUCAAGAGAACCUUCAUAACUAUAUGUCGAGACCAGGUUUUGACCCACCUCAGACUGAUGUCCCACAUUGCCAUAGGUGUGUUAAUAGGCUUGCUCUAUCUGAACAUCGGCAAUGAUGCCAGCAAGGUCUUUAACAACACUGGGUUCCUCUUCUUCUCCAUGCUCUUCCUCAUGUUUGGAGCGCUCAUGCCGACCGUGUUAACCUUUCCCCUGGAGAUGUCUGUAUUCCUGAGGGAGCAUCUUAACUACUGGUACAGCCUGAAAGCCUACUACCUGGCCAAGACCAUGGCUGAUAUCCCAUUCCAGGUGAUCUGCCCCAUCAUGUACUGCAGCAUAGUGUACUGGAUGACAGAGCAGCCUCCUGAGGUCAGCCGCUACCUGCUCUUUAUAGCCCUGUCCAUCUGUACUGCCCUGGUAGCCCAGUCCUUGGGCCUGCUGAUUGGGGCCGCCUCCACCUCACUACAGGUAGCCACAUUUGUUGGACCUGUCACAGCUAUCCCGGUGCUGCUCUUCUCUGGAUUCUUUGUGAAAUUCGACACAAUCCCCAAGUAUCUACAGUGGAGCUCCUAUGUGUCUUAUGUCAGUGUUUGUAUCUCUCCCAUAGGUAUGGCUUUGAAGGGGUGAUUCUGUCCAUCUACGGGAUGAACCGUUCAGAGCUGGAGUGUCCGGGGAAGGUGUGUAAGUUCCAACAGCCUGAAGAGGUUCUGCAGUUACUGGAUGUGGAAGGCGCAAAUCUCUACAUAGAUUUCAUUGUCCUGGGCAUUUUCUUCAUCAUCCUACGGCUGGCCACCUACCUGGUCCUCCGCUACAAAGUCACAUCUGAGCGAUAGGUUUUGCUUGGCUCAUCCUCCAAAUCUCAAGGCCCUCCCUAAUAUCAUUCCAGACCUAGUCUCUUUUCUGUGCACAGAAAACAACCUAUCUCAUGUGGGAGUUUGUUUCAUUUCAUUUUACACACUGCUGCUAAAAGGACAGAACAUCAAUUCUGAUCUGUUCUACUGCCAACAACUGUGGAGGGCAGUGAAGAGUAAUCUUAUAAAUCAACAUAUUCCUGUUUUACCUCAGACAUCAGGACUUAACUCCUGCGCACAAAGUUAGAUCAGCAGUGAGGAGGACAAAGAGACUGAACCACAUUCAGCAGCAUGUACUGUACAUUUCAUAUUCCUUCCGCCUUUGAGAAUAAGGCGGAUGUGAUACAGUAGCACUUAUUAGAGUGGACAUGCAUGUUUAUUCUACACUGUGUGCUUCCACUCUUUCAGUGUUGGAGUGGACGUUGGUCCACAAAACUGCCCCCUUGAGAAAAGCAAAUACAAACAGAGUGUUUACAUUGCUCUAUUAGUCAAAAAAAACAAAGGACAAAUGGUUGCACUGGAGAAUAAGUUUGAUGUAUUGUGCCUGAAACACUCGAUGAAAGCAGGUUGUUUGAGCUAGUUUUUGUUCUAUAUUUCUGUUGUCAUAUGACAGUUUGGAGUCCCAAAACAUUAUCUUCCUGUGUGUGAAUAUCAAAUCAUUGUUGGAGCUAGAUUGUUUUCUAACAUGUUGAUAGUUGUAAAUUAAGCUUUAUCAUGAUUGUCUACCGAAAUUUGGUAUUUUUUGUACUUCCAUAAUAUAAUCUAAAAUCUUGAAAGUCUUAGUUGAAAUAAAACUUGUUCAGCCUUAAUCAUUUUAUAUUGUACUAUAUUAUCUGUAGUAAUAUAUGCAUAUGUAAUUAUAUAAAUGUAUUUCAGCAAAAUAGAUGAAUUACUGUAUCACUAUUCUUUUGUGUCUACACUACAUCCAGUAAUGUCACAAGGACAAAUCAUGCUCAUGCAGUCAUGUUUGGUGCUAUCUGAAGUUUCAUGUUUAAUUUGAAUUAUGUAAUAUGUAAAAAAAAAAAAAGAAGAAGAAACAAUUGUUUUUUAAGUUUGCAUCAGGACUGCACAUUACAAGUAUACUGAGCACUUAGAGAACAACCAAAGAAAAAUUAUUGUAACUGGAAGUCUGCUCACAUUUUGCUAACAAUGUAUUGACAAUCUUUCUGUUGUUGUUGUUGUCUCUUUUGAAAACAGAUUUUGGAGAGCAAUAAACACUGAUAUAACUAA